AUGGCCUCUGCCGUGCUCGGCUGGGCCGCCGCAGCCGUGGCCUGGUUCCUCGCGCGCUACGUGGGCGUGGUAGUGGUGCUGUACGCGCUGUCGACGGCGAGCGAGCUGGCCGGGUUUGCGGCGCGCGUGCUGGUCUCGUGGCUGGCGCUGAUUCUGGUGGCGCUGUACGGGGUCGCGACGUCAGUGGUGCUGCGGCUGACCGGUGGCGACCGGUGGCAGUCGGCGCAGUGGGCGACGGCACGCGCGUUCAAGUACGUGAUGGCAGCAGCGGCUGGCAUCACGUUUGUGGUGGACGACCCGCGCGACGUGCUCCUGACGACGCGGCCGGCCGUAUUUGUGGGCAACCACCAGUCGGCGCUGGACGUGCUCAUGCUCGGCUGCAUGUUCCCGCGCUUCUGCAGCGUCACGGCCAAGGCCCAGCUGCGGCUGUACCCCUUUCUCGGCUGGUUCAUGCGCCUCAGCGGCACCGUCUUCAUCGAUCGCGCCAACAGCCAGGAUGCCCGCCAGGCCAUGAGCGGCGCUGCCGACGCCAUCCGCUCCCGCCGCCAGAGCGUCUACAUCUUCCCCGAAGGCACGCGCUCGCACAGCGUCGAGCCAACCCUGCUGCCCUUCAAGAAGGGCGCCUUCCACCUCGCCGUUCAGGCCGGCGUGCCCAUCGUCCCCGUCGUCGUGGCCAACUACAGCCACAUCUACUUGACCGCCAAGUUUCGCUUCCGCACCGGCCGAAUUCCGGUCAAAGUUCUCGACCCUAUCCCCACGGUUGGCCUCACUGCCGACGACGUCGCCGACCUCACCACCCGAGUCCGCGAUCUGAUGCUGCGCGAGCUCAUUGCCCUCACCGCCGAGGCUCGCAGCCUAUCUAGAAAGGAUGCUUCGCUGGCAGCACCCGUCAAGGCCGAAAAGGCCGUCUCCAGCAGCAUCAAGGUAGCCGCAGCAUAG